AAUGAUGACGUAUAGUUUAGACGUUUACACGAGAUCCAGCCACAUUUUGUAAAGUAUUUCAUUUUUGUGAAUUAUAGACUUUAUUAUUUUGUUUCCGAUGACCACGGUGUUGUUAUCUGCCAUGUCUCCUGCUCCAUGCUCUGUGGAUCCAGUGAAUACUUUGAAACAUGAAAAAAAAUAACCAUUGGCUGUAGCAAUGCCUCUAGCCAUGUCCCAAAUCAACGACCCAAAGAUCGCCUUCGCCUACCUCCGUCCUGCCUGUGUGGUACUUACCAAAGAGCCUACCUUGUCCAGUGUGGAGACUUUGAGUGCCCAGUUAAAAGAAGUUGAUGAUGUUUGUUUACAGCAACUUCAAGAUUAUGUACUUUUCCCAUUACGCUUUGUGCUUAAAGUCCCUGGACCUAAGAAAGACAACUUGGUGCAAGCUGUUGCUAAUGCUAUUGGCUACAUUUUGGAAAAUACAUGUGUGCAAAGCUGGAAUACUCUCCAUGAUCUGUUUUCUGAACUUUGUUUAUGUCUAUGCUGUCCGACCGAUCCUGGAAAACCCAUAGAUGCAUCAGAGGAGUUAAAAUUGUCAAUUCUCAAAUGUCUAGAUGCCUUGAUACACGCAGCUUAUGGGGAUAUUGUCAUCAAACUCUAUGAACCAGUCAUGUUACCAGGGCUUGGGGCUGCAGUGUCAUUGCUCUUAGCUUUAGCAGAAAAAGAGAAAAGUCGAGAAAUUCAGGGUGCUGCUUUGAAGUUGUUGCUGGUUUUGAUACAGCAAUGUGAUUGUAGUCAGGAGCACAUAGACUGCACAGCACACAAAAGGGCCAUUGGAAGAAUUAUGGCUUCGUUUUUACCUGGGAUCUCCACUGCUGUAGCCAGGAUCAUCACGGGCGACAUGCGACAAGGGCAUGGAGUUACUGUCAGCGCCCUGAAGGUAUGGUCUGGUACAGUUUGCCUGGUAAUGGAAGACUCCCAGCUGCAGUGCUCUGCCCCUGUGGAGACCGCCUCACCAGAACUGGGCCGUGUUGGACAGCUGCUGGUGCUCAGGACAGAGGAGUGGGUGAAGAGUACUGCAGCCCGACUUUGUGUGCUGCUAAAAAAGAUUGUCUCCUGCACUUCAGCCCAUCGCCACUGGAGGGUCCGCCUGGCCUUGGUGGAGCUGGCAGACCUUCUGUUACAGAGAUGUGGACAGUCUCUGGCAGAGUGUAUGGGGUCUUUUUUGGAUGCACUUGUGGGAGCCAUCAAUGAUGAUGAACCCAGGAUAAGAGACAGAUGCGAGAUAGCACUUAGAGAGGUCUCCCAGAGGAACCAGCAGAUCAACUGUGGAGAUGACAGCAGUAGAAAUAUCUCUAAGACAUUCACAGAUGUCCUGUCAGAGAACCUCCACUCUUUAUGCACCUCCCUGCCUCGUCUCAUGAGGACCUCAGACGACCAGAAGAAGCUGUUCAUCCUCAAUGUGUUUCUGGGAUAUGUCAAACUGCUGGGCCCUUUAGUGUCUGUUGUCCUUGCCUCUGCUGCACAUCUGGAAAGGGUCUCAAAGGCAUUAAUGCAGGUGCUUGAGCUGGAUGUGAUGGACGUUCGGAUCGUGGAGGAGAAGAGCUACACUGACACGGACAUUGAGUCUGGCUCAAGUGCUCAUGUGCACAGGAAACAUUUUAUGUACUUCACAGAUGACCGAAUCUUCUCUGUGCUCAUGGAGAUCUGCCGCACAUUAGGUUACUAUGGCAACCUCUACCUUCUGACUGAUCACUUCCUAGACCUGUACAGGCAGUCUUCUGUAUACAGAAAACAGGCUGCAAUGGUUCUGAAUGAGAUUAUCAGGGGUGCUGCUGGUAUUGCCGUAGCAACAGGCGGACAGGGUUUGUCCGCUGGACCCUGUACUGAGGAGGACCUUAGGGCAGCAGUGGAGUCCAUCAUAGAAGAAUACAUCAGUGUCAACAACUGGCACCUCAUGAUAGUCAGUGAGGAGACAGAUAGAGACAAACAAGACCAAAAGCUGCUCAGUCCGUCCAGACUUCUCUCCAUCUCCGACACUGAGACCACUUCCCCGGCAGACCCUCUCCAUCUGGUUCCAUUUGGUGCACCAGCCUCCACCUCACACCUCCAUCAGCUCAACAGUAACAUCUGGCAGCUGUGUGUCCAGCUUGAGGGCAUAUCAUGUUUCGCUCAGGCUCUGGGCCAGGGUUUCUGUCCCUUGUUGAUGACCUCAUUAUACCCAGUUUUUGAGAAGGCUGGAGAAGAGAACCUGUUGGUUAGCCAGACGGCGUUAGACUGUAUGUGGGGCAUAUGUAAGGCAUGUGGUUACCCGUCACUAAAAGAGCUGAUCAAUGAGAACUCUGACUACCUGCUCAAUGACAUCUCUCUUAAUCUGCAGAGGCUCAGUCAGCACCCACAGGCUCCUCGGGUGCUGACGGUGAUGUUGACUCACUCAGACUGCUCUAUGCUGCCCCUGGUGGGGGACAUUGUGCAGGAUGUGCUAACAGCUCUGGACCUGAGCUAUGACCACACAGCUGCUCUGUUCUGCUCUGUGUUACAUGCACUGAUGAAGGCACUGGCAAGGUGGUUUCCCUCCAGUCGGUGCACAUCCAGAGAACUGAGUAAAUCCAAGCACAGAACCACAGACCAAGAAGAGUUCAGCAUUGGCCAAUUCCUGCUGGAUUACAGAAAACAGAAAGAGCUGGCAGAGGGCAUCGGCAUAGAGCAUGACAUGGAGGACACUGUAGAUGAUGUCCCACCUGUCUCUGAACCUGAUGUUGAUGAUAUUGGAGGUCCUGAUGUGAAAAAAGAACUUCCUAAUCAUCUUCAGAUUACUAAAGAUGUUAUGGAGCGCUGCAUUCACCUAAUGUCUGACCCAAACCUCAGAUUACGACUCAAGGUGCUGGAUGUGUUAGAGUUGUGUAUAGCUGUUCUGAGCGAAAUGGAGAAUGAGCUGCUUCCUAUGGUCCAUCGCUGUUGGCCUGCUCUGCUUCAAAGACUGACUGCGGACGACCCACUAGCUGUACUUAGGGCCUUCAGGGUGCUGUGUACUCUAGGGGAGACCUGUGGAGAUUUCCUGAGGAGGCGAGUCUCCAAAGAAGUUCUUCCAAAGCUGUGCUCGUCUCUGGUCCGCCAGGCUCCAGUCAGUGCCAGAGCUGGACCGGUCUACUCCCACACUCUGGCCUUCAAACUACAACUGGCUGUUCUGGAGGGGAUGGGCUCUCUGUGUCAAAGGCUGGACCUGGGUGAAGAGGAUCUAGAUAAAGUGUGCGAGGCAUGUUUGCUGUACCUCAGCUGCAGACAACCAGCCAGACUCCAGGAAGCCUGUCUGAGUGUAUUCCGACAUUUAAUCCAGGUGGAUCCGGACACAUUCUGGUUUGUCCUUAAUGAACUACACUGUCCCUCUGACUUUUCCCCGCCUCACCCGGACCUCCGGCCUGUGCGCCUCUCUGGCAUGGGACGUCCUAGGGAUGAGUACACGGACAAUGUAAUGAUACUGCUCAGAGAGGAGUUUGAUUCACAGACAGCAAUGCCAGGCUCAUGAUGAAGAUGGAUAGACUUCUGUAAUUGGUGGAUGUGGACUACUGAAAUCUGGAAAUCUUGUUGGAAUCAAAAAUCAGUAACAGCUUCUCAAUUUGCUCAUUGUUAUUCCAUAAAACACAGUAUAUUGUACUUACUAUUGUUUUUUUAAGAUAAAAUGUGCAGCCAUUUACUAAGUUUUCUAUAUUUUUGUUAUCACCUUGGAACCUGGAAUUUCAACUUGAACGCCAGGCACCAGAACUGUGCCUUUUUUGCCACAGCAGGCACAUGGUACAGAAUAUUUUUACCAUCUUGAGGAUCAGAUCGAAAACUUUUCAAAAUAUUAAAUUUGCAAAACAUAAAUGCUUAAUAUCCCAGCUUCUAGAAGCCUAUCUGAUAUUUGGUUAAGCCCAUUCACUUUAUGUCCUGAAUUUCUCUUUUUAAUAGAUUUUUCCCUGGUGACAGAAAUUGCCUAACCUCCCUUUAAGUGCAGGAAACAGGAAGUGUGCGUGUUAUCAGGCUGUGAUAGGAGCAGCUGCCUCCACCUCAUUGCUCCAUAAUGAAUGUGUGAGCGUGUGGGCUACGUGUUAGCGGUUAGCGACCAGGCUAGCUCACACCGUGCAGCGCCUCUUUAUCUCAUAGCGCCAUGUUUCUAUUUAUCCUGCUGCCAGCCCUGACAAUGGCACCAUUAGUCAUCUGCAACAACAGGAGGGCUUUGGCAGCACCUAUUACAAACAGCUAGCGGCCUAAUAUGGGCUGUACUUAAUGCAUACAGACAAGCCGACAUGGACACCCAGGCUCAGAGCAGAGGCUACAGUGGCACAAGAACCAUACAAGAACCUAGAUAACCCUGGUGGUGAGGGGGCUAGCCCUGUCAUCUCUCAGAAAGUCUACGUCAGUGAAGGUUGGUUUACAUUCAAAAUGAAAAAGUGACAGAAGAUAAAGCAGCUUGCCCUCUAACCCAAAGGUUUAUUGAUUAAACCAUGACAACCAUGUUAAAAUCAGCUAUGAUUUUUUUCUUCUAUAGAUCAAUCCUGAUUUUCGAUUAGAUUUGAUUUCUCUGCAAUAACAAAAAUAAAAAUGGCUUUCAGCAUUGGUUUCAUGAACAUAAACAAGAUAAGACUUUUAACUCGUGACAUGUAAUACAAACCACAUGCUUAGUGACAGAGACUGAAUCUUGAUCUAAAAAAAAAAAACUAUUAAUUGCCUAUCCCUAUUGUCACCACAUUGCUGUGGAGAGAACUUCACAAAAGUUUUCAGUGGAGACCUUGUUAGUGUGGAACUGAAAAACAAAUUGAAUUACACAAACCUUUACGUUCUGUAACUAUUCUGGCACUAUUACCAUCACCAAUGUUGCUGCUACUUCCAGUUGAUAUUGUUGAAAUAUUUGUUGAUAUUUUUUAGAAUCUAGAUGGUGAUGCCACAAUAAUGUCACAGGGGACUGUUUUUCAUCUCGUCAAUCACGCCCAUUUCAAACUGAGGAGAUUCACCGGUGACUAGACUCAUAGCUUUGCAAGAAGUGUGUAUUCUGGAUCCCAGACAAAUUAACAAUGGAAACUUUUUUACAGAUUGUAAGGACACUUAAUAUUCAUUUUGUAUACAAUAUCUUUUUAUUUGAUAAAGGCAUACAUUUAGUGUGAGACCAAACAUUCUAGAAGAAAUUUACACUUCUCUUUCCGUGUUAACAUUUUUUUUUGUUUACAAAACAACACAACUCAAAUGUCUUAAUAAUCAAGAUAGAACAGUCCCAUAGUCCCUCUUUUGAAUGUGCUGAAACAGAAGCAUAUAGUUAGUCUUGAAAUAUUAAUGCAGCACAGCGAGAUAUGUGAGGGCCGGGUUAAUUUGAGGCGAUAUGAACAGGCAUGUCUUUCUCCAGUGCUGCCUCCACCACAAACAACAUUGACUUUAGCAGUAUCUGAUCAGCAUUGAGAUGAGUUUCAUGGCAGCACAAGGCUUGUAUUCUUCACUAAGAAGCUUUGGCCCUGCACAUAUACAGUACUGUAGACUGGAGUAACACUGAGUCCGUACUAAGAUACAUCAGAGGGAAUCCCCAUUGAGCAGCUGUGAGGGUCAUUCAUCUGUCUGUACAGCACUUUGGGAGAGGGUAAAGCAACGCAGACCAAUGAAAUACAAUUCCUCUACUCCACAAAAGAGUAUGUGAGAGUCAAAUGUUGUAGUCAAGACCAAAUAUUAGGUAUGAAUCGAUCAUUUGCAAUAAAUAAUAAUCAUAUAUGCAAAUAGAACUGUGAAAAUUAGCCACUUAAACAAGUUGACAAAAUAAAGCAAAACAAACAAAUCUGCCAAAAAUAUGCAACAAGUACUCAACACUUCCAAGAAUGCUGAGACUGCUACUGAAAUUCUCUAUAACUCACAUAUUAUAAACAUAAUAUAAACAGGACCACACACAGGGCAACUGUGAGCACAUGUCUGAAACCCAAUAGCAGUAUUGUACUACAACACUUGACUUGAGACAGAUAAAAUGAUUUCUUCAAUAAACAUUGUUUUUUGAAUGGUUG